AUGGUGGAAGCAAAUCUGGAAGAGCGUCCCGCCUCAAGCGGUUUGGAUUGGGACAAAUUAUUUAAAAUGGCCGAAGAUUGCGAUUUGGACGACGAGAUUCGUGGACCAAUCGAAACCGCCCUAGUGAAUUUAGAAAGCAAGGAAGUGCACAAAUUGUCGGCUAUCCGAAAUCUAGGCGAACUACUGCAAAAUGAAGGAGAAGAAGCUAUUGAAAAAGUCCUGCCAGCAGUACAGCGCGCCUUGUUAGAAGAGCGAUCGAAUCUGGAUCUACACUGCGAGGCAGCGAUUGUUUUCAAAGGAAUCAUACAAAAUAGUAAACUAUGUGCUCGAUUUCCGUUAGUUGCCAAAGCUAUUCAUAUUCAUAAUAUUAAUCUAUACAUAACAGCUCUUAAGAUAAAAUAUUCCUUACAUCUUCUAACAUUCACUCAUCAACAAACCGGAAAUCUUAAAUACUUAGAUUUUGGGGCUGUCUUAUCUCUUAUGAUUAAACACGAAGUUAUAACUGGACGGAUUGAACACUUGAGUGCUGCCGCCUGGUUGGAAACACUUGUUGAAGUUGCCGAAAGAGUGUCACUGGAAUCCGUUAAGCAAUAUAUAGUUCCUAUCGUUCAACAACAAGCAGAGCCAGCACAACGUGUACAGCGACGAAUCAUUGCUUCCAAGUUACUGCAUAAAUUAGCUGAUAUCUUACCGGCAAAUGAGGUUCGUAAAGAGCUUGGACCAUGUGCACAGAUGCUCUGUCAGGAUUCGAAUUCGAAUGUGCGGACAUCGAUGGCACAACGACUUCCAGGCAUCACUAUGGCACUCAAAAAUUCUACAGAUACAGUAUCGUUGCUGUUACCGUGUUUCGUACAAUUGUACAAAGAUGACGACAUGACUGUGAAAGAAGCGUGUAUGAAUAAUAUUGCCCAAUGUAUACCACAUUUCACCAAUGAUGCGAAAAAGAAUACGGUAUUCCCAAUGAUCAAAAAGUCAGUUGAACACAGUGUGGAAAAGAAAGACGAAACUCUGAUGGUGAUCGCAAAGAAUUUUGGAGAAUGGUGUUAUACAUUACGCGACGUUCUGGAUCAACUGGACAUGUGCUGGGUGUUAAACACCUACUGCAAAAUUGGUCAAGUUUCAUUAAGCAAGGAUGAGAACACAACACAGCAGAUGAUACUGACUAUGUGUCGAAGAAUGACUGCAUUCAACUUACCGUGCAUGAUUCAAAUGUUCCCAAAAUCGUUCGACCGGCUUCUGCCUUUCAUUGAGGGGUUCACGAAUGAUUCAGAUGAUGAUGUCAGACUAACCUUAGCAUCAUUUUACCAUGAAAUACUAAUGAUGCAUCCUACCAAAGUAGAACUAGUACAACCGUUUAUCGAACUCAUACGUGGAGGUUCACCUGAAGUUGUAGCAAAGCUCACUUUCAACAUGGACAAAACAUUACCAAUAUUGUACAAAUGUGCCUUAUCAAGCUCUGGAUCUCGAGUGAUGCAGUUGGAUCGUAUUCUGGUCGGAUGUAAUCAAGUACUUCGUGGGACGGGGUCGUGGAGAAGUCAUGCUGCGCUUCUGGAGCACAUUAGUGUCCUGAAAACAUGUCUUUCAUAUACACAGCUAGCGGAGACUUUUAUUCCUAUGCUACAAAAAGAAGUUCUUCAAGCGCGAGCCAUUCCCUGUCGCCUGGCAGCUGCUAGCACAUUGUUACAAUUUAUGAGAGAACAACCAGAAAAGAAGAAACGCGAGGAAACCAUUGAAUUCUUGAAAAAAGAAGUAGCAUGCCAUGCAAAUUGCUAUCGUCGCAUGCUGUAUUUGGACAUCGUUGAGUUGGUGCUGAAUCUGUUCAGUCGGAAGUUCUUCAUUCAUUAUUUCCUCGAUAAACUACUCUCACUUACCAGUGAUAGGGUUUCAAAUAUUAGACUUAGGACAGUACGGAUGCUGGCAGUUGUGAAAAGACAUCUGAUUCUACCAGAUGAUGAAGCGGUUCUACUGAGUUUGGAAAGGUCUGUGAGAGAAGUUCUUACUACGGAAAAGCAAACAAGUACUCGGCAACUUUUGCAAGCGGUUAGUUUAACACGUACAUUUUCUUUAGUUAGACCUCUUGAUGCUACCUUACAUAGGCCACCUGAAACACGUUCUUCGCCGUGGAGGACCCAGCGACGAGCUGUGGCUGUGGUUCGUCCUCAGCCCGUCGUAGUUUUGUGCCAAUCAGCUUCCUCUUUUAGAUCAUCGUCCAAUAUUCGUCGACCAUCCUAUGGUCUCUCACGCGUGUCCAGUCAAAGUACACUGGAAAGGAAACCUGGUCACAUGUCAUUGAAAGUUCGAAACAUGGAAGCAUGA